CUCAAUUGAGUGUCUGCUAGACGUAUAACCCCUUGCUAUUACUCCUGGAUUGCCACCCUAACCUUUCCUGUUCUUGAUCUUCACGAAACUCGCCUACAACGCCAUGGCUGAAUCUGUCGAUCUCUCGUUCGCAACGCGGCCCGGAAAUAUCGAUGCCGUAGGAGACCUGAUUCAGGAGUUAUCCACCCUCCAGAGGGAUCUUAAUCAUGGGGACGAAAAUAUUCGCCAGACGAUGCUUGUCAAAGCUCGGACGCUUGUCCAUUCCCUUCAAACGCCCCGCGAGAUCAUGGUACAGCACACAUGGGCUGACCCAGGAUUGAAUGCAGUGCUCAUCACUGGAGUCGACAUAGGACUCUGGAAACUCAUGGUUAAGAAUGGUGCUGAUAAGGCUCAAAAGGCGGAAGAUCUUGCGAGAUCUCUAGGCAUGGAAACCAUUCUUCUAGGACGUCUCCUACGCCAUGCUGCGGCCAUGGGGCACCUCCAAGAAGUCAGGCAAGACGAAUACAAACUCUCGAAUUUCACCAGGUCAUUGAGCCUCGAUGUCAUUGGUGAUGGGUAUCUCGCACUGCUCGGCGGGAUUGGUCGCAGCCCAAUCGAGUUCUACAAGUUUCUCCGCCAGACUCAGUGGAAGAACCCAACCGAUGCGAGUUACACUGCAAUGCACGUAUCUUACGACACUAACUUGCCAAACUGCUUUGAGUAUUUGAGAUCCAUUGGGCUAGGCCCUCAAACAAAUAAUCACAUGGGCGGCUACAGACAAGCUCGAUUACCCUGGAUGCAUCCUUCGCUCUACCCUGUUGAGGAGACCCUUUUCCCAGGGACAGAUGGAUCGCCUGACGCCCCGCUAUUAGUUGAUGUUGCCGGAGGUCUUGGACACGAUAUCCACGAGUUCAAGAAGUUUUACCCUAACCACCCAGGAAAGCUUGUCCUUCAGGACCUACCAGUCGUUAUCAAUGACGUGAAGGAUAUCGAUCCUUCGAUAGAACUAAUGCCGCAUGACUUUCUGACCGAGCAACCCAUUAAAGGCGCAAGAGCAUACUUCAUGCACUCGAUUCUCCACGACUGGCCAGAUGAUGUAUGCCACAAGAUCCUGUCUCGUCUUGCAGAAGCCAUGAAGCCUGGGUAUAGCAAACUUCUUAUCUUCGAAUGUGUUAUUCCACGAACGGGAGCAUACUGGGAGGCUACAGCUGGUGAUAUCCUCAUGAUGACGCAGCUUUCAGCUCUUGAGCGUACAGAGGAUAAUUGGUACCAGUUGAUUGAGGGGAGCGGAUUGAAUCUCAAGAUCGUCAAGUUUUGGAAGUGUGGAGUUGCUAGUGUUGAAAAUCUUAUUGAGUGUGAGCUUGUAUAGAGGACCAAGCAGCGAAUAACAUUACAAAACAUUCUAUUCACCCGCGUUCUACAUAAAUCCAUGCACAUAUAGCUGCUUCUUG